AUGACGGCCAACGCCGUGCCGGAUACGCAGUUGGGACUUACUCCGGAGGAGGUCCAGAUCUUACGGCAGGGCCAGGCCGCCCUGGACGGCGGCUCCAGCAGUUCCCGUGCAGCCAGCCGAGCCAGCAGUCAAGGCCUUCUGCUUCUCGAUAGCUCCUCCCUCGCCGCUCUCGGCCGCUACUUCGACCAGCUCAUGGCCAACAUCGAAUACAACAUCCACUGCCUCAGCGAGCAGGCCAACAUGUUCACCCAGGUCCAGUAUGACCGAGCUGGCAACAUAAUAGCCGGCGCCGAUCAAGAGAUUGCACGCUACACGUCCAUAAUACGCCAGCUCGAUGAGCUCGAGGUGGAUUUCGACCGCAUUGCCCAUAUCAAGGAGAUUGUGAAGCAGUACAGGUCCCGAGUGGAAUCUCUGGAGCGCGAGCUGGACGAUAGCGGUUCGUCACGCCGCCAUAGGCAUUCCUCAUCCCAUCAUCACUCCUCAUCGUCAUCCCGCCAUGGCCACAGUUCCUCCCACCGCCACCACAGCUCCUCCCACCGCAGCAGCCGACGCUGA